GGCGAUUUUGUACGUUUUCUGAACAGUACAUCGUAAUUGGAAAGUAUUUUCAUCUUUCUCAACUCGUUUAUUUUGAAGAAAAUCUUCCAUCGACUAGAAUUUUCGGUUCCUUUCUUGGAGAAGGAUCUAGGUAAAUUCCGAUUAAAGUAAAUUUUUAUUCCGGUACCGUGGGAGGCGUUUUAUAACCCUUCGAAUACUUGAACAACAUCGUAUGCUUGCGGUUUAGUUUCGGUCGCGAAUUCGAUAAUUUUUGCUUAAUCAUGAGUGUCGAGGAAAUAUUUUCGUGCAGAAGGGAAUCUUUGAUACCUCAAAUAGACGAGACAAGUUCUGAUAAUGAAACUUCGAAAAACAAAUUGUUACGUUUAUUGGACGAUAUCGAAAAUCGAGUCGAACGUUUUCGUCGUGGAGCUCUUAUAAUGGAAGAAGAAAAGGAUAUUUUGUUUUCCAGUAUAGACGCGAUCAAAACCUCCGACAUGAUGACCGAUCUCUUGGAAGGCGAAAAAGAUGAAAUACUUCAUUUCACCGAGAGGAUUUCAUCCAGAUGUAGCACAGUAGAAAUCAGUGUUCGUACAGUUCGCAACGAUAUGCAAGAAGAAAGCUUACACCAAGUCAACUCGUACAUUAAUAACUUAGUUAUAGAUCUCCCCGGUGAUCCUUUCGUAGUAAAGGAACGCUGUUUAUCGUAUAUGGCAGCCUGUGGUUCCAAGUCUGAUGAAAAUGUCGACAAAAGCUUCGAAGUAGCUGUACUGGGAUGUUCUUUGGAUGAUCAGAAACGUGUCCGCAGACGACUCCAAGGUUUACUUAACUAUAUAGACUAUUCCAAGAAAGUCAGCGAUAUAAACGAUAGUAAUUGAAAUAUCGUCGUAAACUAUCCUACGAAUUUCAUCGCCAGCUGGCAGUUACAGCAUUUCUGAUAACUGAGAUGGUAAUUUGAUUCGUUUCUCAAUAUACAUUUAUUUUAAAGCUGAAAAUAUCUAAAGUUUAUUCCAAUUCGUUCCUAAGUUAUUUUCAAUUAGUUUUGUUGUUUAAAUGACGUAUAAAAAUCGAACAUUUUUUAUCGUGAUUAUGUAUUAUUCCAUUAUAUUUUAAUUAUUCGUUUUCGGCUGUUUUUGUACAUAACACGGUUAUUCUUAAGAAUAAGAUUGGUAUGGCAACUAAGUUUCAAACGCCUUUGUUUACGAGAUUGAGGUCCUCUUUUAUUUUAUUGAUCGAUAUAGUUUUAUUUCAUUCUUAUUUUUCUAUUCGUAACGCAUGUAUUACUGUGUGUGGUGUUUAAGAAACUGAUAAAUAUUACUUUUUUUCCUCGAGUGGAACAGAUACGAGUAAAACUGAAGUUGUAGUGAUGUUAAAGUUACAUUUUCUCACUUUAAAACCUCGUAUAAAGAUACAUUUUUUAUUUUAAUUUUUUUUAUUAGAUACACUUAUUUUCUGAAAAUAAAAAUUAUUUUACUUCCAUUCCAUUUAACUGGUUGUUAGUAUGUUCAAGCAUUCCCACUCGAUAUUGGUUUCUUAUUUCACAUUUUGUAAUAUAAUAUUCGAGUUAAUUAAAUUAUGUUUUGUUUGUUUGUUUAA